AAAUCGCUUGAGAAAUCUAAACGUUAAAUGGCUAUUACUUCGUGCAUCUCCGACAUGUAGUCGUAUUUGUUUAUUCGCUUUCCCUCUCCAACAUGGCAGCGACGUUGACGUAGGAUCGAGACCAAUGCGGAAGCUGCGGCUUUUCUAUUCUGAUGGGGGCGGGGCUCCGGUUGCUAGGUAACGUCCACCGCGUAAGAGGAAACAAACAGACAGACAAACAGAUGAGGGAGAAGUCCUCCACGCGUCUCAAGAUAUGGGCUCCAGGAAGGCAGUCGUGAAGAUGAGUGGGACGGCUCCCUGCGGCGCGCUGAACCAGCCGGCCCUGAGCCUGAUGGCGAAGGAGCAGCAGUAUCUACGAAUGAAUGCAGAGUUGGAAGCCAAAACAGCUGCUGUAGUCAGACAGGCGGAGGAAGUGAUGAGGGAUCAAAAUUAUAUUUUGUCUAAACCAAUUCCCAAUAAUCUGGAUUGUGAUUUCGAGGAUCCCUCGAGUAUCACAACACCGAAAAAAACUUUUUUACAGCAGGCUGGGGUGAAGGCAGUGCGUAAGAAGGUCCCAACCACCUCCCCAAACACAGCAGAGGUAUGGAGAGACGGUGAAGACCUCAGGGCAGCAAGACCCAGGUCUGCUGUCGCUGCGGACCUGACCACUGAAGACCCCAGCCUGGAGACGACCAUCCUCCAUCUGGAGGAGAAGCUGGAGGGCUUCUGUCAGGAGGAGGUCGUGGAGGAAGCCCUUCCCACUGAAGACAGCAUAGGAUCAGAAGCUCAGAUCCGCGUUUUGAAGGCCAAACUACGAAUUAUGCAGGAGGAAUUGGAUCGGCUCUCACAUGAUUACAGCAAAAAGGACGAUGAGAACGGUAAGCUGUGCAGCAGAAUCAAAGAGCUGGAGGAGGAGCGUUCCCGCCUGCAGAAGACCGCCAACCUCCAGCAGACGCACAUGGAGAAGCACCGCGCUCUGGCUGAGGAGUCCGGCAGGAGGUGUGACGCUCUGCAGGCGCAGGUCGCGGGGUUACAGAAGGAGGUCGAGGGGUCGAAGAGGGCCCAGAAACAAGCAGCAGGACACCACAACACGGUGGAGGUCCGCCUGAACCGGGCGCUGGAGGAGGUGGAGAGACUGAAGGCCCAGCUGAACAACAUGAAACAGCUGAGUAAGGACAGAACUAAGGAGGUGCACCUGAGCAAAGAGAAUCUUCUGGCUGAGAACAAAGUGCUGAAGAAGCAGAGAGAAGAGCUCAUUCUGGCCUUCAAGAAGCAACUGAAGCUGAUCGACAUCCUGAAGAGACAGAAGAUGCACUUUGAAGCCGCCAAGAUGUUGUCCUUCACUGAAGAGGAGUUCAUGAAGGCCCUGGACUGGGGGAAGUCGUAGAGACCUUGUUUUAUCGGAUUCAGUCCAUGUGGCUCUCCUCGGUUCUUAUGGAUGAGACCAAUGUGUUGAUAAGGGACAAUACGGUUCCAUUUAAAAGUUGCAUUGAUCAUUAUCAUGAUGGAACUUUUUUUGUCUAAUUUAUGUUUUUAUUAAUCAUUAAAAUAUGUUCCAUCACAUGUACAUAC